AACAGCUUCAGUAGCUGCACUAGUGUACAUCUAAGCCCCUACUGAGACCAGUCCCUUUCCUUAGCACAGGCAAACCUGUAGACAGUAGUGAAGGGUAGGACUUGUUUUUUGUUUUUAAAUAAGCGACUGUAACACAAAGCAUUUUCCUCAGAAGGUACAUUUAUCCUAAGUGGCUCUUGCUGGUUUACACACACCCUGUCCUUCCUCUUGCUUUCAAAAGUUGUUCCACUUGAUUGCUCAGUUUGCCUCUUUGAGUCAGUGGUGGCAGGGGAAUUAUAAAGGCGACGAAGGCGCAGCCAAGUCUCAAGUAGCAUGUGCCAGAUUUAAGCUGAUUUAAAGCUGUGCAGACUGACUCCGAAACUUUCUUUGCACAAGGGACAAGGACUUUUGGAAAACGUUGCUGGUAUUUUUGCCAGCAGUGUGCACCUGGCUCAGGGAACCUGCUGCGUUGUGCUCACCUUGCAAAGGCACCAUGGUUGGUGAUGUUUUGCAGAUUGCUGGGCUACUUGUUGGUGGUAUUGGCACAAUCGGGACCUUCGCUGUCACAGGCAUGCCUCAGUGGAGAGUGUCCGCCUUCAUCGAGAACAACAUCAUCGUGUUUGAGACUAUUUGGGAAGGCCUAUGGAUGCACUGCAUCAGACAAGCCAACAUCAGGAUGCAGUGCAAGGUCUACGACUCUGUGCUGGCCCUCUCGCCGGACCUGCAGGCAUCCAGAGGGCUGAUGUGUGCUGGGUCAGUGCUCUCCUCCCUUGCUUUCCUGGUUGCCAUCAUGGGGUUGAAGUGCACGCGGUGCAUGCAGAGCAGCUGGCAAGACAAGGGCUAUAUUAUCCUGACGUCCGGGCUUCUCUUCAUCCUCUCAGGUGCUGUCGAGCUCAUUCCAGUCUGCUGGGUUGCCCACACCAUCAUCAGUGACUUCUACAACCCCAUGGUGAAUGUUGCCCAGAAAAGGGAGCUUGGAGAGGCCCUGUACCUGGGCUGGGCAGCUGCCUUCUGCCUCCUUGCUGCUGGAGCCAUAUUCUGCUGCUUUUGCCGUUGUGGUGAGAGAAACAGAAACUACGGAUACUCCACACCGACCAGCUACCCCAUGCACAGCCAGCACCUGCACAGGAAGACUGAGAGCUUGUACUCCAAAAGUCAGUACGUCUAGAAGCCUCCUGCCUUCUCCUAUUUUUAGAAGCAUUCGAUCUGUCUGGAUGGAUUUCAGCUUCUGCACAAGGGGGCAUCUGGAAAGCUGCCUUUGCCUUCUGCCCUGUCACUGUUGCUGUUGGAGAUGCGUUCUGGAGCUGCAGUCACCCCCAGAGUGCUCUGCUGUGGCUAGUGAUGCAGCAUGGACAAUUUUAAUGCAUGGAAAGGUGAAUGUUUAAAAUUAUUGUAAUAGUAACUUGGAAUAGCUUUUGGGUUGUGUGGCUUUGCUUUUGGUUGCAUUUUUUGUGUUAAACAGUAAUAAAGGCCUUAAAGUUCUACUGCGAUAUGAAAUUCUGGCCUAUUGCACAGAAGAGGGCAGUUAAGCAGCUGGCCUUUUUUUUCCCUUUUUGUUUGUUUGUUUGUUGUUUUGUUUGUUUGUUUGUUUUCUUUUUUUUUUCGCCUGCCUAGUAAAGAGGGGAUGACAGUGAAUAAGGACAAAUUAAUAAUGGCUUAAAAGAAAAGCAUUCACUAAGGGAUUGAUUUACUGUAGAUUUACUGGAAGGACGCAUGAAGAAUUUGUUCAGCAGAGGAAGGUAAGCUGAAAUAUACAUGAAAAUUACCCCUUAUUUCAGAGAAUAAACAUAACUCUGAGUUCAUCCUGAACAUCAUUUUUUGGUGAAAGUUAAUAUUUCUUUAGGUAAUCCAUAUAGGUCAAACUUAUUCACAUCCUUCUUUUUAGAAGCAGCAGUAUUUCCUUGCAAAAUUUUCAUGGCUUACAACAUUUUUCAAUAUUGUACAGGUCACAAACAGUGUUGGUUACUUGCUGAAGGACUUGAUGAUAUACAGAUUUUUAAAUAAGGAUCUUUAGUACAAUCAGGUCAAUAUUUUUGCUGAGACAUGCUCACACCAGCAUAGUUUAUAGGCAUAAAGAACAUAAACUGUCAUAGUAUUUUCUCAUAGUUCACAUUAAAACAAGCCAGACAAUAUUUUUAACACACCCAUAGUAAGCAACAGUGUAAAGAAACCGAGUAUACUGAAAAAUAUACAGUUCCAUACAAAUUAAUUUAAUAAAUGAGCCAAAUUAAUAAAUGGUAGCAAUAUUUUAAUAGAAUUUGGUAACCAAUGAAAAAGGUGUCCCUCCAGACCCACAGAAAUCAAUGGAAUUUUACCUUUGACUGAGCGGGGAACACAAUUCAAUUUGUGGUGUUUAAUGAAGAUCAGCGUUCUUGCUCUAGAGUUUGACUGACUGUUUUAAAUAUUUUAUAGAAAGUUUAACAUGUGGUCUGUAGUUCUCCAGUAACUUCCUUGGACUACUAGUACUUGAAAGUUUGGAAGCAAAUUCUUUACUUCGUAAGAUGCAACUCUGAACAAGCUAGAAGAAAUCAAAAUCUGCUCUAGAACUCUCUUCACAGUGUUUGUAAGAUACUAUGUAUAGUAAGUUGUGUUUGGUCAUGUAAUUUUAUUUUUCCUCUGUAUUUUUAAGCGAAGUAUUUCUACAUAUGUAUAUGUCCAAUGUACACGACCUUUCUGUAAUAUAGCUGUGUGUGGCUGUAUUUCCUUUGUAUUCUUUCAUAAAUGUUCAUAUACCA